AUGUUGAAGCCAUUGGUAGUAAAUAUGCCCUUAGUUGAGGCACUAGAGCAGAUGCCAGGUUAUGCCAGGUACAUGAAAGACCUUCUGAUAAAGAAAAAAACAGUGAGCUAUGAACCAUUGGAUAAUCUUCAUCAUUGUAGUGCCAUUGCUACGAGAUCGCUAGUGCAGAAGAAAGCUGAACCGGGAUCAUUUACUAUUCUGGGUUUGAGAGAUCCUAUGCUUACUAAUAUGCGACUUCUGAUGGCUGAUAGGUCGGUGAAAAGAUCGGUGAGAAUUCUUUCUGAUGUUUUUAUUAAGGUUGCUAGCUUUACAUUUCCAGCGGACUUUGUGAUUUUGGAUUUUGAUGUGGAUUUCAAGGUACCCAUAAUUUUGGGUAGACUAUUCUUAGCGAUUUGGAGAGUACUAAUCAAUUUGGAGUUCAAUAAGUUGAAAUUCAGGCUUAAUGUGAAGAGGUUAGCUUUGAUGUGUGAUAAUCUUUAA